CAAUGAAUCAACUACUUAUUUGUUUUAUUUUAUUGACAACAGCUGUUUCCAUUCAGUCACGUCUGUUGGACAAAAAUCAGGUGAAUCCUUAUAUUGAAAAAAAUAUAGGGCAAAAAUUAAAUUCCACAAUGCAAAAUCUUCACGAUGCAUUGAUAAAAAAUUCAAUGAAAUUAUCAGAAAUUCGUGUUAAAUUUUUAUUGAAUUUAGAAAAUAAUUUUAAUAAUGUUACUGAAAAAAUUAGUACACAAAAUAAUUAUAAUGGUAAAAAUAAAACGUAUGAUCGAUGUACUAAUUCUGCCUUGAAAAGAAUUUUUAAAAUAUAUAGUCAUAUUCGUAAUGAAACUAGACAAGUUUUUAAUAGUAAAAUUAAUGAGAUUGAAGAUAUAUUAUCCUUGGAAUUUCAAAUGUCAAAUAAACAGCUGUUAAAAUUUCAUCCAGAAAUGAAAAAAUGUACAGGUGAAGAAAACCGUGGUACUUUGAGUUGUAUUUUUUAUCAAACAAGUGUCGCUAAAAGUAAUAUAAAAGAAACAAUUGAAGACAUAAAUGAUGUAAAUUCAUUGGGAAAUGAAUUAUCAAAACAAUUGGAAGAUUCAAACGUUGAACAUUUAAAGGAAUUUUAUCAUUCAUCCAGCAUAAUAACAGAUGGCAUAGAAUUGUGUUUAAAGGAGAAAAAAAGCUCUGGAAACAGGCAUUAAAUGUUAUUAAAAAAUAGACAUUUAAUAGUAUACUAUGUAUCAUUUAUGAUAAAUUAAUAUUAUAUAAAAAUAAUUGUAGAAUAUAAAUA